GCAUAUAUACACAUGAGCUCUCCCUUCGGCCCGCACACUCCAGCCUCACUGCUAUAAACCAAAGGGUAGCUAGGCAGAUAGCUAAAGGUACCUCCUCUGUAAGCAGAGAAGCUCAUCAAGAUCAGUACCAAGCAACACGUACCGAACUAGAGCAAAUCAAGGAUGGCGUCCGAGACGGUGGCCGGGAGCGUAUUAGCCGACGAGAAGGGGCCAUCCGGCCUGAGGCAUUACCAGGCGGGCGCCGAGGAGGAGGAGGAGCACGCCGGCGAGGGCGGCGGCAAGUCCCGGCUGUCCGGGCUGCUCUGGCACGGCGGGUCGGCGUACGACGCUUGGUUCAGCUGCGCGUCGAACCAGGUGGCCCAGGUGCUCCUGACGCUCCCCUACUCCUUCGCGCAGCUGGGCAUGGUGAGCGGCAUCCUGUUCCAGCUCUUCUACGGCCUCCUCGGCAGCUGGACCGCCUACCUCAUCAGCAUCCUCUACCUGGAGUACCGCACCCGCAGGGAGAAGGACAAGGUGGACUUCCGCAACCACGUCAUCCAGUGGUUCGAGGUGCUGGACGGGCUGCUGGGCAGGCACUGGAGGAACGUGGGUCUGGCCUUCAACUGCACCUUCCUGCUCUUCGGCUCCGUGAUCCAGCUCAUCGGCUGCGCCAGCAACAUCUACUACGUGAACGACCACCUGGACAAGCGGACGUGGACCUACAUCUUCGGCGCCUGCUGCGCCACCACCGUCUUCAUCCCCUCCUUCCACAACUACCGCGUCUGGUCCUUCCUCGGCCUCCUCAUGACCACCUACACCGCCUGGUACAUCGCCGUCGCCUCCCUCAUGCACGGCCAGGUCGAGGGCGUCAAGCACUCCGGCCCCACCACCAUCAUGCUCUACUUCACCGGGGCUACCAACAUUCUAUACACCUUCGGGGGCCACGCUGUCACCGUGGAGGUGAUGCACGCGAUGUGGCGGCCGCAGAAGUUCAAGGCCAUCUACCUGCUGGCCACCCUGUACGUGCUCACCCUGACGCUGCCGUCGGCGUCGGCGGCGUACUGGGCCUUCGGCGACCAGCUGCUCACGCACUCCAACGCGCUCUCCCUGCUGCCGCGGGACGCCUGGCGCGACGCCGCCGUGGUGCUCAUGCUCAUCCACCAAUUCAUCACCUUCGGCUUCGCAUGCACCCCGCUCUACUUCGUCUGGGAGAAGCUCAUCGGACUCCACGACUGCCGCAGCCUCUGCAAGCGCGCCGCCGCAAGGCUCCCCGUCGUCGUCCCCAUCUGGUUCCUCGCCAUCAUCUUCCCCUUCUUCGGACCCAUUAACUCUGCCGUAGGAUCGCUCCUCGUCAGCUUCACCGUCUACAUCAUCCCCGCCAUGGCGCACAUGUGCACUUUCAGAUCACCACAGUCCCGAGAGAACGCGGUGGAGCGGCCGCCAAAGUUUGCCGGUGGCUGGACCGGGGCGUAUGUGAUCAACUCCUUCGUGGUUGCGUGGGUGCUCGUGGUGGGCUUCGGGUUCGGCGGAUGGGCCAGCAUCACCAACUUCGUGCAGCAGGUCAACACCUUCGGCCUCUUCGCCAAGUGCUACCAGUGCCCGCCUCACCCUUCCGUCGCGUCGCCGCUCCUACCACCAUCAUCCAUGGCACCGAGCCCGUCUAUGCCCUUUAUUUUCAACAUGACCGGCACGCUGGCCCCGAUGUCUGCCCCAUCUCCAGCUCCGGCUCCGCUGCAUUUUGUUUUCCCCCACCACCAUCACCGGCACCACCGCCACGGUCUGUAAUCUGACAGACCACCCAAUAAUUCUACCGGUCGGACCGUCAGAGCUCCGUUUCUAGUUAGCUAGUUAAUGAGCAGUGUUACUUUGAUUAGCUCUAGUUCAAUCCAUGUUUUUUAUCGUUGUGUGUCUUCCUCUACCCCCUAGCUACUUCUUCAAGACAAGAUUACUAGUACUAUUAGCAGCUAGCCUCAGCUACCGCAGGAAGGGAAAACAAUGUAAUAGAAUGAGAGAGAUCAUCGUGAUUGUGCAAGUUUUCUCUGAAUGAAUGCAAGUUUUUCUUA